AUGAAUGUUACGAAACCGAACAUUGACCUUUUAGCCCAGAAAAAUGGAACAUAUGCUCCUCCUUCAAGUUUUUAUAGCAAAGUAGAACAGCUCUUAAGGCUCGCACUGUUGAAGCUUUUGUCAAAUUCCACUGACUCGACUUCGCUUCAUCGUCAGCUUUCUAAGUCGAGGACCACUCCUGAAGCGCAGUCUGAGCAACCGAAGCUUAACGCUCGGUCAAAUUUUUCAGAUACUGAGGAGUUUGGUGAUACUCCAGAAGGUACAACUAUUGAAGGGAUUCCUAGUAACUAUAGUUACGAACUCUCCUCGGCUGCAAAUGCCCCACUGACGCGCAAGAGCUCCACAUCUGGGCAUUUGGAGAGUUUUCUUCGAAACUUAACAUCUCCGACGAGUUCUUCAAGGAGCACUAUCGAUGUUACAACUCCAAUCAUCACAACAGCGGGAAAGUUAGACAUGAAUUUCGGAGAAGUAUUGGAAAGCAGACCUCUGAGUUCGGUCGGCCCGAUAAACUCCACGGGUAGCCCUUCCACUGAAUCCGCCACAACCUCAAUCUACCAGCCGAAUACGACAAUUGUGAUUAUCAAAAAGCAUCUAAGAAUGAGUACCCCCAGUUCGACUAGUUCAAGGACACCUCUGAGGAACUCACCAAUUCCUCCUACAGGCACUGCUACAACAACACCAGCAAAAAAAUCAACUGCAGAUAUCGAAAACGAUACAACCACUUUCAUGGAUAGUUAUCAGUCAGAAACCUUCACAUCUUCGGUUAUUCUGCAGACAACCGAAAAUGGAUCAUCUUUUAAUGGAAGCAUUUUAAGUAAUACCACUCCACUGGAAGUGAAUACGGGGAGUCCUCCACCAAGUGGUACAAUCGUCUCAGGAACUACAAGUUCUGAAGAGCAGUUAGGUGACACAUCAAGUAGUUCAACUGCUCCAAUCGGCUCUUCGGGUACCCUUCAAAUGGAAGAUUUUGUGACAACGACUGUUUUGCCAAGUAGCGCAACCGCAGUUGUCGAUAGCAAACUUUCCGGAGGGUCUUCCCAAAGCUCUGCAUCUCCCGAAAUUCUGACAGAGAGCUCUGAGAUUGAUGGCGAAUUGGUCACACCUUCCGAAAGAAAUGUUGCAGACAACAAUAAAGUCUUGCAACGGCAAGUUGCCUUCACUGAUUUGCCUGGAGGCUCACAAGUUGAAUCCCUUUUGCAUGUGACCGAUCUGCGUGCCACUACAAGUUCCACAACUUCCGAGGAACAUUUUGAAAGUACAAGUCCUGCAUCUUCCACCACUAUCUCUACGAGCAUCUUUUUGGAAAGUCACCUAGUUGAAGGUGCAGUCACUACAGAUGUUACAUCAACUGGCAAUGCAGAUGUCGAUAACGAACUGCAGUUCAAUAAAACCUCAGAAAGUCCAACUGACAACAUGGAUUCUUUUCCCAAAUUAGAAUCCUUAGUAGAUACUACUGCCUUUCCAAGACCUUCGAGUGCAGUAGGUGUCAAGAAACCGUCCGGCAAAACUGGCGAGGAUUUGGUCGUUCUAAUAAGUUCCACAGAUAGUUCUCCAUUUACAACAAUCACUAAGUGUGAUGCAGAUAGCGAAAAGCUUUCUGACGCAUUGAACGCAAACGCCGCAAGGGGUUGCACGGUAACAAAGGCUUCCAGCUCGACAUCGAUGCCAACUAGUAGAACUAAUACAGAAAUGAGAAAAGUCGAGACCGUUUCGCCAACUGCGAUUGAGGAACAUAAUAGAAAGCUGGGGAAGACUGAGCUACACCAAGUGGUUAAUUUAAAAACAUUGUUAGAAAAGAAUGAUGUCGUUGAAAAUAUCGCCGCUACCACCGCUGGACUUUCGAGAAAGGCUUUGACGACUGAGCGAAAUCAAACUUCAUCAUCUCCGGAAUUUUUAUCAGGGCGUGAAUUGAUAGGAGGCUCAUUACGAAAAGCAGGGAAGGAAUCGGGUACUUCACCUGACUUUGUCCCAAGUAUAACAUCAAAAAGGUCUUCAAGACCUCCGGCGUCGUCGACCCGAAAAAAAGUGUCAACUAAAAGUGAAUUCUUCAAACUUCCAAAGGUAGCAGCUCAUUCGAAAGCUAGUCAUGCGAGUAAGAACGAAAUCGGAGAGUUAACGACAAAACCUUCGGAAACAGUCGCAAUGACAUCCAUGGUAUCCCCGUCAAAAAGUAAAAUGGACAAAACUUCGCAAAAGUUGAAGCGAGCGGGACUUUCUUCCAGAGUUCCUUCUCAUCCACCUUUCGGCCUCCGUAACACUGUAUCAGAGGUAAAGGUGAGUACUAUGUUGGAGGUACGCACGGGUAAUUCAGUCGCAAAUCCGUCGUUGGUUGGCAUUCGCCCUAUUGAUGCCUCAAAUGGAACGAAUGAAAAGGCCAUCAAACAUAAAAAAGCAGGUUUCAAUGGUAAGAUAGCGAAAGGGAAACCAGUCAAAAAUAGGAAGAUCGUUCAAAAACACAAGGACCAGUUCAAUCCGAGGCUCAUACUACGGAGAAAUUCGUUGAUGAUUCCAAUGAAAGUGUUCAACCGCGUUUCCAAAACAUUCAAUCACAAGGCUCUCGAAGGCCCUCAGAAAAGUAGCAGGACUGAUCGGAGUGACCUAACCACUUUGUUUUCAAACGAGUCAAAGAAAGCCAAACAAGGAAAGCAGUUCAGUGGGAAAACUGUAGCUGUACACAACCAGAGGAAUAAUUUCACUCUAAAGAGUUUUCCCGAAAAGAAUUCCGCUACCGACUUUCACAAGGAAAUAGCCAAAUUAUUGUUCAGCAUGACGAAUGACAAUAACCAU